UCUUCACUAUUACCUCUGUCUUGUCAGAAAUUGUCAAUAAAUAUUAUUAAAGUUGUGUACAUACUUUACUUUUUGAUAUUCGAUUAAUAUUUAUAUAUAAAUCCGCUAGCAAAACAUCGUGUUCAAAGUCAUAUUUAAAUAAUAUUGGAAGACUUGAAAAUUAUUUUUAAAACAUGGGUCUAUUACAAUCAGUAUUUUGUUCCAUGACAUUUUGUGUUGAAAGAGUAUUGACGUGGACUUGCUGUGCCUUCGUAUUGAUGCUGAUGAUGUUUACUAUUGUUUUAUUGAUGGUUUAUGGCAUAUCGGUCGGUUAUCACUACGCACAGAAAGAGCUAGCUUCGUUUGCAAUGUCUUCGAGGACCACGACAGAAGAAUCGAUGGUGAGGGCUGGGCCAAAGAAUUCGGUCGUUCGACUUUUGGCCGUAAACCGAUCGGAGGUCGAAAAUGCGCCUGAACCAUUGCUUGAGGUUUACAAAACUCAGAAACCGGUUGAAAAAUUAUUCCUGGAUCCGACUGAAACGCCAAUCGUUGUUCUUGAAACGGAAAACCCACCUGAAGAGCCAAAGCUGUCUCCUCAAGAAAAGGAAAUAGCGCGCAGACUUAUCGGAAGGUUCCGGCGCUCCAGGAAUACCACAACCACAAGCACCCUCCAACCUUUUUUCAGAGCACUGAAGAAUACUACCACACUACUCUUGCAAACAUAGCUUUUUAAUGGUGCAUAUACUAAUCAAUACGCUAUGCAGCUAUCUUUCUCGACGGCUGAUAUUCCAUGUACAGAUUAAUAAACAAAAAUUUAUACGUUUGUUGCUUUUUGCAUGUCGUAGCCAGAAUUAAUACUUCAUUUACAAUUAAAUCACGUUUUUGUUAUUCUCUGAUUGUCUGCAUACACUAAGGUUCUUUAAACUACCGUCAUGUAUUUCAAAUGUAUUUUCACACAUACAUUUCUUUGCACAAAAAAAAACGUAACAGUACUUUUUUAUUUACGAACAUUAUAAAAUAAUGGCAACAUCGGAAAUUAUAAAAAGGAAAAUAAUAUUAAUAUAAUUGAGAUUAAACCGAUUACGAAUUAUUAAUAAACAUUAUAUUAAAUAAA